CAAGGGCAGUCUGCACGAGGAAGGGUCGCCGCGGCCGCUGGUGCUGUACUGGGGCAGCGGGGCCGGUCGCGCCGCGGCCGCGCUGUUGCUGGUGCUGCUGCGACACGUGCGCCGCUACGACUCGCUGUCGCUCGCGCAGGGCCCGCUCUCCACUACGCAGCUCGCGCGCCAUCUGCCGCAUCGGCCUGACCACAGAUACGGAGAAUGGGUGAUAGCUUUGUCAACUGCCUGGGUGCCUGAACCCACGCAACCGUGGCUUGAGGGCACAGGAUCAAACAGCGGGCUUGCAGGUCCACGCCUGGCCGAGUUUGGCAUGAGCCCCGUCUCUGCGCAGCGCCGCCUGUUUGUCUGGCUUGCACCACAUGCACGGACCCUCAAGGACUGCAUGGCCAUGCAGUGGCCAUUUGAUGUUGACGAAGCUACGCGCCUGCGUUGUGGUUUCAUCGAUCCACAAUUUCCCCGUGGCAACAUGACUCAAGUAGAAGUACUGAGUAUCGGCGACAAUGUCACGCUGGACCAGCUGCGGGCUCGGGCGGACGCUGCCAAGUCUCCGCUGCUAACACGCGAAGUCAAUUAUUCCAUCUUCUUCAACACAUUGAGAACUGCCAACCACUCAUUCUUAUUCUUGGACCACGACAUUUGGUCGUCCAUGCCAGGAGUACGAGCAAUAGAGCCUCCGCCAUGCGCACACGCGGCCUCCAAAUAUUGUGUCAGAGAACUAGACACCGCCAUUAGCUUACGCGUCGCCGAUGUUGGAAAACUAGAAACGUACGCGCCUACGUUGUAUAAGUUUGUGCAUGACUUCGACCCAGCGCCUCAGGCUCUGCUUUACAUCCUCGAGGAGGAAGCGCGAGGUAAACACAUUGAAGCGGCUGCCUGUGAGUGGGUGUUUAAUAACAAGGUACAAUAUUAUAGUAUAUCAGACAAAUUUAAAUACGACGUCGAUAACUACACAAUUGUCAUAUUCGUGUGCGAUACAUCGUCGGACUCUUACGAUAAACUCACUAAGGCUAUUUACAAGACGUUACAAAAAUAUAACGAUAAAACUGUGAUCUAUUCGGUGAAUAGAUAUUUUAUAAAUUGCUCUGACAGCUACAAUAUGAGCAAAAGGUUAUCAGACACGAUGGACACUAUGUUGUCGUUCCGCAUGUUGGGCGCCAUAUCCAUGGCAACGGGCGAAGCUGCGCUGCAGGCGUCCGCCGUGGCCACGGCAAGGAAUGUGCCGCUGCUGCUGGCAGACGUGGUGCCCGACGACAGCAGCGCCGCCGCCGGCGCCAGCUGGCGGGUGGCCGGCAGCCCGCGCCAUCUGGCGCGAGCUCUCGCGCACUUCGUGCUGGCCGCGGGCUGGGCGCGGCUCGCCGUGCUUUCGGAGGACUCACUGUUAGCCCGCCAGUACUAUGCGGAAGUCAAGUUGAACACGAAAAUAAUCACUCGCGAGUUUCCUAUAGACACUUACUUAACAGAUCAUGACAUUGAUACAACUUUAAACGAUCUCCGCGCUACAAAGGCUCGCGUCAUUUUUAUAAACGCAAACUAUAAAGCUGCUGCCGCAAUACUCGGCGCGGCGGCCAGGCGCAACAUGACGCUCUCCAACGGCUUCAUUUGGAUAAUGCGUGACUGGGAACAAAAUGAUGACAUCGCGUGCGAGAAUGAGAAACACUUCACAUUAUCGCUUUGGAGCCAUGACACUUCAGAUGACGUUCCAGUCCCACAUUCUGACGAUCCGUUAGUUGGUCGAAUGCAUCGCAUUCUGCAGACGCAGAAAUGGCCGCCACAAGCUGCCGGGUUCAUCAAUGCAUACCUCACUCUCGUUAUGGGUUUCAAAAACCUCAUUGAGCAAUUUAGUCUCAAACGGGACCUUCGCAAUACUUUUGUCAUUAGGUCGUUUAAUGAUAGUCUAAUACGGUCGCCGGUGACAGGCGUCCCGCACUCCCACCCACUGCGCUACAAGAAGCAGGUGCUGGAGGCCACGUACGUGUACAUCGAAGAGUGGUGCGGCGGCCGGGCCCGGCGCCGCCUGGCCACGUGGCACGUCAACGCCAGCAGCGGCGCCGUCAGCGGGCCCGGCGCCAGCCCCGCGAGCCUCACGCGCCCCGACGACAUGCCGCGCGACGAUGGGACCUCCAGCUGCAGGAUAAGCUCCGGCGACCCCUUCGACCCCAACUGCUACGACGCCGCGGUCGCCUGCGUGCUGCUUCUGCUGCCACUGGCGCUGGUGGCGGUGCUGCUGGCGCGCCGCCGCCUGGCGCGUCUGGCGCACGAGCAACAAAUCCACGCCAUCGCACGGCGCCAGCGUGUGGCCACAGUGCUGGCAGACUACCUGGUGGAGCGAGACGCGCUGGAGCUGCACUCGGAACUUGGCGCGGGACGAUUCGGAAGCGUCCGCUUAGCACGGUUGUGCACCCCAGGACGCCACCCUCGCUAUGUCGCCGCUAAAGCCCUACGGGAUAACGCCGCGCCUGCAGAUGAAAGUGAAUUCCUGCGUGAAGCGUGUAUGAUUGCCACUCUCGAUCACCCGCAUAUUGUUCGUCUGGUCGGGGUGUGCAUUGCAGACGGGCCCCCGCUCGUACUCAUGGAGCUAGCCUUCUUUGGUGAUUUGUUGGGCUACCUGCGCGCACGUCGGUACCUAGUGGACGGCAUAGAGUCAGAGGACUCGACGGAGAGUGAUGAGGCAGAGCAUGUGUCUGCAGAAACCCUCACGCGCCUAGCUCGCGAGGCGGCGGAGGCGUUGCAGUACUUGGAAGCGCGUGGCGUCGUGCACCGCGACGUGCGCGCUGCUAACUGCCUGGUUGACAAGCGGCGCUCACUUAAGCUGGCCGACUUCGGCAUGGCCCGAGAUACGGUGGCGGGAGCAGACGGCGCAUCCGCGUACUCGUGCCGGCGCAGGGGACUGUUCCCCGUGCUCUGGAUGGCACCCGAAAGCCUCGCGCACGGGGUCUUCUCGGCAGCAUCGGAUGUGUGGGCCUUCGGCGUGCUAGUACUAGAGUUAGUAACCCUGGGGGCGCGGCCGUACGGAGCCAUGUCGCCGCUUCGCGUGCUGGAGUAUGUCGCGGCUGGAGGAUCCCCACCGCUGCCGCUGGAUGCCACGCAACAAACGCGGGGGCUGACGCAGCUCUGCUGGCAGCGCGCGGCCGAGCGUCGGCCGAGCGUGGCGGAGCUGGCGGCGUACCUGGCGGCGUGGCCGCGGGCGCUGCACCCGGUGCUGACGGACGAGCGCGACGCCGACAGCGGCUUCGGAGAGUCUCCUUCCACGGAGCUGCUGCCUCCCGACUCCCCCGCACACACGCACGAUCAGCUCGACGUCCUCGCUACCACGCACUGAAGAGGAACUUCAGUACAUACAAGGGCGAACGCAAGAAGCUACGGUCUAAGUACGCCGCUCUGGACAUCCGAAUCUCUUUUAACAACAGUCUCUCAAAAAUAGUAUGGCGUGAAUUAUCUUCAAUACCUAAUUAUUACCGAAAUACCAUGUUUGGAAAAGAAUCCAAACUGAUAGAAAUCGUAAAAUCGAAUAUAAUGUAAAGUGUGUGUAAAGAUUUAGGGAUGUCCAAAGAUUUCCAAAGCAACUCAUCAAAGUGGGUGAGUUGAAACUGGCGAAUGCGGUCUAUCCAAUAUACGGGUGCCGUUAGCCAGGAGAGUCAACAUUAAGGUCAGCACCUUAAUGUUGACGGUAAAGGAGAAUGUUUAGUGAUUGGGCUGUUCCGCCACAUUACACCUGCUUGUAUUCAUGAACCUCCUGAGAAUAAAUGUGAUGAAGCGCUGUGAGUAAGGUUAGCAAUAAAUGUA